UUUCUAUCACUAAAGUAAUAAAGGUCUAUGGUUUUUUGGUUGUAUGGGCUUAGAUCCCCUUGCCUUUCCUAAUAAGGAAAAAUUGUACCAAAAAAAGGUCUAUGGUUUCUGUACAUGUGUUCGAAGUGCUGUUUUAUAUAGGUAAAAAAGUAAAGCUACCAUGCCGACACCAGAUAAAAUACUUCUCAGAAAAAUAAGAAAACGAGAAAAACGAAAACUGAAACUUACAUCUCAAAAAACUGAUUCAAAUCCUGAACCAGAAAAAGAUAUUGAAGCAUUAAAUAAUGAAAAAGAAGCUAAGAAGAGAGUUGUACAAGACGGUGACACAAAUGGAAAAGUUCCCAAAAAAAAAUUGAAAAAGGUUAAAGAAGAGUUAAAAGAAGAACCAGUUGAAGUAAAAUCUGAGGAAGAAUCUAGUGAUGACUCUCAAGAUGAGCAAGACACUAAAGAAGAUGAUUCGGAAAAAAAAUCGAACAACGAUUUACCUGGAUCAAGCCUCUGCUUAGGUAUACUAUCAGAUCAAAAAUUCACUGCACUGGAAGGCACAGUGUGCGAACCAACUCUUUUAGGAAUUAAAGAUAUGGGCUUUAUAACGAUGACAGAGAUUCAAGCUAAAGCUAUACCUCCUUUGUUGGAAGGCAGGGAUCUUGUGGGUGCUGCCAAAACUGGCUCUGGAAAAACACUAGCAUUCUUAAUACCGGCUAUAGACCUUAUAUACAAAUUAAAAUUUAAACCAAGAAAUGGUACUGGAGUCAUCAUUUUGUCACCCACAAGAGAGUUAUCAAUGCAAACAUUUGGCGUUCUCAUGGAAUUGAUGAAAUACCACCACCAUACAUAUGGUCUGGUAAUGGGUGGUGCAAACAGAAGUACUGAAGCUCAGAAACUCUCUAAAGGUAUCAACAUUUUAGUUGCUACUCCUGGACGUUUACUGGAUCACUUGCAAAAUACACCAGACUUCUUGUAUAAGAACCUUCAGUGCUUAGUUAUUGAUGAGGCUGACAGGAUAUUGGAAAUUGGAUUUGAAGAAGAAGUUAAACAGAUCAUAAAAUUGCUGCCAAAACGCCGGCAAACUAUGUUAUUCAGUGCUACACAAACAAAGAAGACUGAAGCACUAACUGCUUUGGCAUUGAAGCAUGAACCCGUGUAUGUUGGGGUUGAUGACCACAGAGAACAGGCAACUGUUGAUAGUUUAGAACAGGGAUAUAUCGUAUGCCCAUCAGAGAAACGUAUGAUGGUUUUAUUCACAUUCCUUAAGAAGAAUAGAAAAAAGAAGGUUAUGGUAUUCUUUUCAACCUGUAUGUCUGUCAAAUACCACCAUGAACUUUUCAAUUAUAUUGACCUUCCUGUGAUGUCCAUACAUGGAAAACAACAACAAACGAAGCGUACAACAACAUUCUUCCAGUUUUGCAAUGCUGAAUCUGGUAUACUACUUUGUACUGAUGUCGCGGCGCGUGGUCUGGACAUUCCGGCCGUUGAUUGGAUUGUACAGUAUGAUCCUCCAGAUGAUCCAAAGGAAUACAUCCAUCGGGUUGGAAGAACUGCGAGGGGUCUAGGAACUAGUGGACACGCUUUGUUAUUCUUACGUCCAGAAGAGCUUGGAUUCUUACGAUACUUAAAGCAGUCGAGAGUUACCCUAAACGAAUUUGAAUUCUCAUGGAAUAAAGUUGCAGAUAUACAACUACAGCUAGAAAAACUUAUCUCUCGAAACUAUUUCCUGAAUCAAUCUGCAAAAGAAGCCUUCAAAAGUUACCUGAGAGCCUAUGAUUCUCAUCACUUGAAAACGAUUUUUGACAUUGAUACAAUCGAUUUAGCUAAGGCAUCGAAAUCAUUUGGUUUCAAUGUACCGCCCGCUGUAGAACUAAAAGUCGCAAACAAAGGACCUCCACAGAAAAGAAAGGGAGGUGGUGGUUAUGGAUACUUCAAGUCCUUAAACGCUCCAUCCGAUUUCAAAAGGAAGACAGAUAAAACGAAAAUAUACAGACAAAAGGGGAACAAUAAGAAAACGAUCAGUUGAUGUUUAAAUCUUUCAUCCAUUGUUCUCUAAUUAAUAUAAUGUAUUGAAAAAAUAUUCUUCAUCUUUCCUUUUCCCCAAAACACUAAAAUGUAUGGCAUAGAACCUGAAUAUCUCGUUCAGUUUGUAUGUGUACAUGCAAAUUAUAGGCAGUCAAGCUGCUGCUGCUGCAUACUGUGUAAUGAUUAGAAUUUAACCACGAAUGUGUCUACCAGACUAUUUCAUUUUAAGGUCUAAUCAGUUUGCUAAUGUUCUGUGAUUAUUCUGUUCUUGCAUUGGUUACUGACCACUUUCGGGGAGUCAUUGGUCUGUCAAUAUAUUUGUAAAAUCUAAUUUGCAUUCGGAAUCUGGGUAGGUAUAUUAGUUCUCGUCUUCAACAAAUCGGUGCCUACGCCAAAACAAACCCCCUAGAUAAAUGUGGAACGUUUUAACUUUUCUUAUAGUAUUCUAGAAGGCUCUAAAUGCAGACUAUUAUGUUUGUAUUGUAAUAUGAAUUGCGAAUGUUGAGAUGGAUGUGUGGUGUAACGAGAAUGGAUAGAAUACGGAAUGAAUAUGUUCAAGGAAGUCUGAAAGUGGCACCUGUGACAGAGAAUCCGAGAAGUGCGCAUUUGGGAUGGUAUGGACAUGUGAUGAGACGAAAUUAAAAUGAGGUUGGUAAGAGAGUGUUACCUAUAAAUGUGGAAGGAUAUGGAGGAAGUUAGACCUAAGAAGAAAUGGAUGGAUUGCGUGAAAGAAGAUAUGUGUAAGAGGGGAGUGAGCGAAGAAAUGUUAUAUGAUAGAAGAGUAUGGAAGGAGAAAACAUGUUGCGCCGACCCCGGGUGACUGGGAGAAGGGCAGGAGAAUGAUGAUGAUGUAAUAUAAAUUGCAUUACGAUUACUCCAAACGAGUUUUCUACUUCAAUACCGUCGUUCUGUGUUUAACUAAAUUAAAUUAUGAAUGAGCAUUACAAGUAUUGAAUUGAAACAGCUAUACUUUAUUCUUAAAGACAUUUUAUUUCCCAAUAAAAUACAUCACAUAUCACAGAUUCUCAAAGUCAUAGACCUGUAUUGCCGCUCCGAUACCUUCAUUUAGAACGUACUGAAAUAAUAUGUAAGGAAUUACUGUUUAACAAGAAAAUUUUAAAAAUAUAAUACUAUGAAAAUACUUUAAAAGGCAAUUAGCAUUUUAAGUUUAUUGUAAUCUUCCGAUAACUAUGUAUUUUAUGUUAAUCUUCUAACACUCAAUUUGGUAAAACAACUUUAUUUUAUAACUUCUAUCAACCCAAGGUAGGUAAAUGCCAAAAAAGGAUACAGAAAUCGACAUGAGGCGUUUCAUCAAAUCCAAAGGCUUUUGAUGCCAACUGUAGAUUCAGAUUUUUGAUAUUAAAAAUACUCUUCAGUGGAUGAUUUUUAUAACAACGUAAAAACGAAAGAAAAGCUUUUCUCGCCAAAACUUUCAUAACUCCGUUCUCUUUUAUUAGUUUUUGAAGCUGAAAAAUAACAAAAUAUUUAAGUUGUUUUGUUUCAAACGCGUUAUCGUUAUACGCUCUUCGUCCAGUGGUAUCGAGCUUGCAUCAGUUAGGUGCAGGUUCGAGAUUGUUAAGAAUUAUGACUUUGAUUAGACGUUAGUAUACCUGAGCUCACCUGUGAUACUUUGCCCAUCAUGAAUGUGUUGCAAAAACAACUUAGUAUGUAAAAAAACGUUUACUGCCUUUAUGUCAAUUUAAAAAGAGAUUCUCAGGGCUUCUCAACAAACCCAUUAUUCUGUCUAUCAUUUCGUUUAUUCCAGCCAAUUUUUAAUAUACAUUUGAAAUUUAAUAUGUUUCUGCUAAAUUGUUUAAUUCAAAUAGUUUUCAUGAGAUAGUAUUUUUAAUUAAAGGGUUAACAACAUCUAUAUCGAAAUUAUUAAACUAUAUUAAUGAACUGAUAAGAAAUAUGAAAUAUUAAAAAGUUCCACGUGGCAAACAAAUUAAUACUAAUCUGAAACGUUUUAUCCUGUACUAAGCGAUAAUUAUUUGAUUACUGCCCGGCUUAGUAGCACCCUUUUUUUUCUACCUAUGCUGAUAGCCUUGAGAGGCUAUUUCAGCUUCUCCUUGACGUCUGUAGGUGAGCUCACGGGGCUCAAACUGGGUGUGUUGCUAACACUAGCCCUAGCAAGAGCAGUGCUUCGCAGAAUCUACCACCGGAUCGGAAACGCGACCCACUGAGAAGAUCCGGCGAGAAACUCAGUGGGUUAAUUUCCUCGCCGAGCCCUUCGUCGCAAGCGACGGUGACCGGUGCUUGAGGUUAACACCACCCUGCAUACUUCAUUACAUAUAAAUUUUUGGUGAUAGCGCGUAUUGUAAGGCCGUACGAAUGUUUACUGCCAUAUAGAUACAUAGUAAUAUGUAUAUGUUACGGUAAAAGUAGAUAUU